AUGCCCACUGUAUUCCAAAUGACCAAGAACUUUCUCAAGAACAAUAAGUCUAAGAAACAUCAUUACGAGCAGAAUAUCAUUAACUCAUUCCACUCAAGCGUCGAACCAACCAAACCAUCGGCCGCUAAGAAGUCGAGUAAAAAGAAAGUCAAUAAUAGUAUGAAUCAAACCGAAGGAACGAAUGACAAGAAAAAGGCGGAGAAGAAGAGUGAAGUGUCCAACAGUUCGCUUCAGAUUCAGACCUGUGGUCCGUCCGGUGCUAACGAACAAAGACUUCCGCUGUUCUUCGCAGUGCGUAGAGUCGAGGAGAAGAUAUUCAUCAGUAAGUCAUGGGAACAGUUCGACGACAACAUCUCCUGGGGUCCAAUCGAAGAGCAAGAGGUUAUGUCGAAGGACUCGUCUAAUGGUAUGACAAACUCAUGUAAAUCCGAUGCAUUAAGCGCUAAAAAGCAGACAAAUUUCAAGUCAAAUAAGUGUGAAGUAGUGUCUCAUAAAGUUAGAAAAGGGAACUCCGGUGCCGGUGCUGCCAGUGGCACAGUUAGCUCGCAAGUGGUGCACUCAAGUGCUGAUAAGCGCAAUGCAAACCUGUGUGACGACUCCUCCCCACAACAGAUGAGUUUAUGGCCCAUAAGAGGCACUGCAUUAUCCGCUCCUCAUAACAGUAUAGCAAUCAGUGAUAGACUGACUAACUAUUCAAACGGUACGCCUAUAGUAAGCACAUCACUGUUCGCGCAAAACUCUAUCGAUGAGACAAUAGAGCUGUGUAUCAGAAAGUAUUCACAAGACUUCAGUGAUCACAGCAGUGAACAAGUGAGUGGUAAACGCAGAAAACACGACAAUCCAUGUGUCGAUAACAAUGCGACCAUCGCUUCCCAUUUAGACCAAUCGGGCCAUUGUUUACCCAUUUGUUCAACAAGUACUUGUGAUAUCAAUAAAGACGUUAUGAGAUCCAGGAGUAGCUGUAAAGCCAGAGAUAAGACUACUUCCGCACAAAGACAGACAUCUCGACGUUCAUCGAGUGCUAAGAAGCCGACAAAUGAGACGUCGAGACAAAGUGCGAGUAAUACGAGUCAUACGACAAAGUCUGCAAAGACUUCACGAGAUCUCAAGUCAACGACCAGUGAUAAGAGCGCUAACUGUAAACCACAUGACAAACAAUGCACACAAACUCUGGAGGAGAGUGUAACCAACGGCACAGAAGUGCGCUCUCAGACCACCAAACGUAAGCGACCCGUCAAUAAGACCGGGUUUACGAAACCCCGCAAACGGGUCCGCACUUCCGCUCAACCCUCACCACCAAAUCCAGUCAAACCCACGCAAACUGUCGCUGCUGUCAAUGGCAAACGACAUCACGUGGUGGCCGCCAACCACUCCAACUCUGUGUGUCAUAAGAGAACUGUUGUCUCGAGUGACAAAAAUGUCAAUUCUAGUCAUCCAAGCAGUAGGUGUCGAGCCAUUCAAGACAAUCACAAGUCGGCCGUCAAUAAGAAUAAUACAAUUAACAGUAAAAACCGAAAUGUUAAACAAAACCCUUCCCUACCAGUGGUUAACGACAAAGUGUCCACUAGUUUGGCGGCCAAUAAAAGGUCUAAUGGUGUAAAAAAAUUAGACAAAAUUCAAAGCAUUCCUCCGCCCAAAAAGCCGCCAAACGUUAAGAAGUGUAUUAAACACGAGCGCCGACUCUCUAAAGCCAGUAUAGACUCCGUGUCCUCUUCAGAGGCCUACCUCAGCGAACAAAGCUGUGUAUCCGAUGCACCCGUUUAUAUGGUUACCGAGCCCUCAGUCAAGUCAAAGGUGAACAACAAAAAGAUUUAUCGCAUAAAGAGUUUUCAGCGGAAUAUUCCGUAUAAGAAGUAUUUAAAGUCCGGUAACUAUUCCGAAGACUCUAAAACCGAUAAGUCUUUAGUAAACAACGACUCAAAUGACGGCCAAAAGAUUGAGAAGACAUCGGCCGACGAAGACAUGGAAAUUGUGGUGAAAGACGAGCCAAAAGCGGUUCAGAAAUUGAUUCAAUUACCGGUUUUGGACUACGAUUUCUUGGAGGACUUUGUGUUGCCGUUUGAUCUCUGGUAUCAGUUCGACAAAAACCAAUCAUCGAAUCUGAAGAAUCCGGCGAACUAUAAACGGAUUAAAAACAAUGUCUUCUGUGAUGUGAAGCCAUUGACUGGCGAAUCGGUGCCCGUCUGCUCGUGCGAGAAGCCCUCGCCCUCGGAUGACAAUAAAGUGAGUUGUGGUAUGGAUUGCCUAAAUCGGCUCAUGUAUCAGGAAUGCUCGCCUCAGUUGUGUCCCACAGAAGAGUACUGUCAGAACCAGAGGAUACAGAAACACGACUGGAGUCCCGGCUUAGAGAGGUUUAUGACUGGCGACAGGGGUUGGGGUAUUAGAACCACCGAACAGAUAAAAAACGGAGAGUUUAUUCUGGAAUACAUCGGGGAAGUAGUGAGUGAAGCGAGAUUUAAGGACCGAAUGGCCAAACUAUACCAAAACGAUUUGCAUCACUACUGCCUGAACAUCGACUCCGGUAUUGUGAUCGACGGCUACCGUAUGGCAGAUGAGGGACGGUUUGUGAACCACAGCUGCGAACCCAACUGCGAAAUGCAGAAGUGGUCCGUCAAUGGUCUCUACAGAAUCGGCUUAUUUGCCAAACGAAAUAUUCUGCCCAACGAAGAGCUGUCGUAUGACUACAACUUCCAGAACUUCAACGUCGCCACACAACAGGUCUGCAGAUGUGGAAGUGCUAAAUGUCGCGGUUAUAUCGGCGGCAGAUCUCAAAGAGUCAACUCUUCCGGCAGUAAAGACAAGACGGAAAAGAAUGAGACGAAAAAUAAAGACAUAUCUGUCACUAAACAGUCGGAGGAAAGUCAUCGCAAUCGACGCAAAGAUAUGCACCAAACGAAGAGCGGUUCCAACUCUACGUCUAAUAAUAACAACAAACAGAGUCUAUGGAAACCAAAUCUUUUGCAUCCAAUGAAACUGUUGUCUCAUCAGUCGAGUUGUUAUAUUCUAAGACAUCGCUGUUUUCUACUCAGAAAUUAUGAGAAAUUGCGGCGUUUGAGGAAUAAGAGGAUGGGUUUGGAUGAGAGGGAACGCAAACUCAGCUCAAAAGACGAGGACUUCGUUAAAGGAAAAGAGUUUAAAAGCAGUAAUGACUCGCUUAUGAAUACAUUAAUGACUUUAAAUUCUUCGCGUUCUGUGAGGACAAGAGGUUUAGCCAAAGCUGAGAGCAAUGAAGAGUUGACCAGAACUGCAAAAUUGGCUCAAAUUUUUACAGAUGUUUGCGAUCUUAUGAUUAAAAAGCAAAAUGAAAUGAAUCUAAAUGUGGAUAUUUUGGAGGCAAACAAAUCUGAAUUGAAGUCAUCGUCAAAUACAUCGACUAAUAAACAGAAAUCAAACGUUUUGUCCAAAUGUUUAGAUCUGUCGGAGAUUCAGUCUCAGAUAAAGUGCGGUUUCUUUAAAAGUGUCGACACUUUUGAGUCCGAAUUCAUGAAAACAUUCAAUUCUUUAACGAGUGGUGAAAACAACGAGAAUAUGAACGACAAUGAAAUGGAUUCAGUGAAUGGUCUGAAAUCGGAAUUCUAUAAAAUAAUAUCAGAAAAGAAACCAUUCAUUGAAGAUAUCAUGUCAUCGGCUGAUAGUUCGAGUGUUUCGGAGCAGAACUCACAAGAUAUGCCUUCAGUGGCCGCCAUUUCCAAGAGUGACUCAUUAGUGUUGGCUUCAGACUCGGCCAACAAAUCAGUCCCUAAUUCUAAUCCAUUAGUGUUUGCGAAUCCAAAUGCUGUCCAACAGAACAAUGCGAGCGACGAUAAGAAGCCAUUGAUUUCACUGAAAACUGUGGUCUCUGAAGAGGAGGAGGAGGAAGUGAUUCGUUGUAUUUGUGGUAUACUUCGCGACGAGGGAAAGAUGAUUCAGUGCGACAAAUGUGAAAUAUGGCAACACUGCGAGUGUGUUGGAGUGAAAGACUCGAUUGACUCGUAUUUCUGUGAAGUCUGUGAGCCCCGGGCCGUACCAACGGAAAUACCGUUACCUCAGAGUCAAGAGCAUGUGACCAACAACGGGAAAACGGAUUAUAUGUAUUACCUGACACUCAUGUGUAAUGGUCUGCACAUCAAGACCGGCGACUGUGUCUACAUUUACCGCACCAAAGAAGAGGACAAACACACGAAUCGCAAGACAUCGCCCAUCAAAGCCUUGCGCGGAGACAGUAAAACAGAUUAUAUAAUAUUUCGCGUUCAGAAUCUGGCCAUUAAAGAGAGCGGCAAGAAGUUACUCUAUGGUCACCACUACCUGCGCCCGAGUGAGACAUAUCACGAGCCCUCCAGAAAGUUCUACGACAAUGAAGUGCUUAAGUCGCCGCUCACUGAGUGGGUUCCCAUCGAAGAAGUCAAAGGCAUUUGUUGUGUUCUCGACGCCAGUACUUACGUUAAGGGACGGCCCAAAGGCUUUCAAGAAGAGGACGUCUAUAUCUGUGAAUAUCGAGUGGACAGACACGCGAAGUCGUUCGCUAGGAUUCCCUCGAAAUCCAUUCAAUUCGUUGUUAAUACUAAAAGCUAUGCCUUCGAUAUGUUUGAGACAAAACUCAAUAUUAAGAGAACUUAUUCGUGCUUUUAUGACCAAAAGCCACAUCGAGUGCCCGAAUCGUAUUGUAAGAGCAAAACUGUGACCAAGAAUGCGAAGACGGACUCCGAGACAAAGGCUAAGAAAGAUAUUGAAAUGAAGCAGAAGCGAAUGGCAGAUGUUCUCAAACUGAAUGACAAACUCCUGGAGCGGGCCAUCAAUCUAUUGAAGAACAACACUAACGGAGACUCGGGUUUCGACUUCUUGACGGACAAAGACGCGAGGAAUGCCGCCACCAAACCACUCACCCCUCACACCACCACUUCUGGCACGUCUUCGCCGCCACAGGAGACCAGCGAACAAGAGUUGUCACCAUCGGUGCCAUUGGUUGUAAAAGCGAGUGAAGCCAUGGGUUCAGUGGUGUCGGAACCACUGCAGCAGACUAUUGAGCCGUCGGUUGCCGUGAAUCUGAACGAAACGAGUGGUUCGCCGAAGACUCGCUCCGAUUCAAUGGGUUCUGGUUUUCUCGAGUGGAUC